AUGAAGUUCCUCGCCGUCCUCAGCUCGCUCCUUCUCACUGGCGCACUCGCCGCACCAACUGCCUCACCCGCUGCCUCCGCUGACAUCGAGAAGCGUGCUACCUUCAUUGCUUUCUCGGGAACCAAUGCAUACUGGCUCCCCUUCCUCAGCAGCGACGCCGAUGUUGAUACCACCUUCGCAGCAAUCAAGGCCGCUGGCUUGACCCAUCUCCGCACAUGGGCUUUCCAGGACUCUACUUCAUGCUCUGGAAUCUAUUUCCAAUGCUGGAGUGGUAGCACUGCCACUAUCAACACUGGGAGCAACGGGUUGGCCCGUCUCGACGCUGUUGUAAAGGCCGCCGAGAAGUAUGGCAUCAAGUUGGUCUUGCCAUUGGUCAACAACUGGGGCGACUACGGUGGCAUGGACGUCUACGUCAACGCUCUCGCCAGCGGCUCUGGCCACUCCGCCUUCUACACCAACAGCGCCAUUCAGACUGCGUAUAAGAAUUACGUCUCGACCAUCGUCAACCGUUACAAGUCCUCCUCCGCCAUCUUCUCCUGGCAGCUUGCCAACGAGCCCCGCUGCAAUGGGUGUGCCACCUCCGUCAUCACUACAUGGGCUACCACAAUGUCCGCCUACAUCAAGUCGCUCGACUCCUCUCACUACGUCUCUCUCGGUGACGAGGGCUUUUUCGCCCGUACCAACGGUGCCUCAUACCCCUACCAGGGCGGCGAGGGUAUCGACUUCGAGGCGAACUUGAAGAUCUCUACCCUUGACUACGGCACUGUGCAUCUGUACACCACAUCCUGGGGACAGACCUACGACUGGGGCAACCAGUGGAUCUCUGACCAUGGCACAGCCUGUGCAUCGGCUGGAAAGGCAUGUGUGAUUGAGGAGUACGGUGUGCCAGUUGACGGAUCAACCAGGACUACAUACAUCAACCAGUGGCAUGCGACUAUGAAGUCCAGCGGUGUCUCGGACAUGUUCUGGCAAUUUGGACUGACCUUGUCGAGCGGGCAGACGCACGAUGAUACUUACACCAUCUUCACCACCGACGACAACUACCAAGAGCUCGUCGUCGACUGGGCCAACUCCCGUUAA